AUGCGGAUGUUCUGGCAGUUCCAGCGCAGCGGCUCGGAGCCUGACGAGGCGCUGCUCACCGCCGCGGUGCGGGCGGCGCAGCGCGGCGGGCUCUGGGAGCAGUCGCUGGGCCUGUACCUCGGGGCGCCGCGGGCGCUCCCGACUGCGGCCUUCGGUGCCGCCGUGCUGGCGUGCUCGGAGGCGAGGGAGUGGGAGCGGGCGCUGCGGCUCCUCGACGGCCUCCCGCAGCGGCUCGGCGGCCCAGAGCUGGACCAGCCGGCCAAGUCGGCGCUGAGGGCUUACAGCACGCUCCUCAUGGAGUGUGAGCAGGGGGGCCUGACGGAGCACGAGAUGACCCUGUUGCGGGCGCAGCUCGCCCCGCGCCCCGCGCUCGUGAUGCCGGCCCGGGCGCCGUACGCGAAGGAGCUGGCCCUGCUGCAGCACGUGCUCGCCACGGCCACGCGGGGGGACCCCGCGUCCGUGUGCGCCGCCAUGCAGCGCUUCGGCGAGGACACGCUGGCGCUGAGCCGGCGCUGGCUCAAGAUCGUGGCGGGCGAGAAGGCGGGCGUCGUCGCCUCCGCCUUGCGGCGCGCCCCCGCCGGCGAGGUCGAGGUCCUCGAGAUCGGUGCGUAUUGCGGCUUCUCCGCGGUGCUGAUGGCGCGGGAGAGGCCAAGCGCCCGUGUCACGUCGCUGGAGCUGGACCCGGUGCACGUGGUCAUCGCCAGGAACGUCAUCGCCUGGGCCGGGCUCACAGGCGCGGUGCGCGUUGUGACGGGCCACAGCCGGCACCUGCUGCCGCGGCUGGCCCGGGCGCGGGAGGCGAGCGGCCGCCCGCCCUUCUCGUUCGUGUUCAUGGACCAGAGGGGCUCCCGAUACCACGAGGACCUGGAGCUGCUGGAGCGCCACGGGCUGGUGCGCCCCGGGACCGUGGUGCUGGCGGACAACGUGCUGAAGCCUGGGGCGCCGCUGUUCCUGUGGCGCGUCACGCAGGGCAGGGCGUACUCCACGACCAUUGUCAGCGUCACCGAGUUCGCCAUGCCUGCCGAGGACUGGAUGUCCAUCAGCACGCGCACGGACCACCCAGACGCCACGUGCGCCGAGCCCCCCGCGGAGCUGCGCCUCCUCGACGCCGAGUGUGACCGCACCCGCGACCGCGCGUCCAACGCGGACGGCGGCGUGCCCUUUGCCGACUGGCGCGCCGCCGCCAGACGCCUGCGCAGCGCGCUGCUUCGAGCUGGCAUAUCCGCGCAGGCGCAGGCGCCCGCCAACUACUUGGUGCCCGAGUGGCUGCGCGGCCAGAGCCAGUGCGAGGGCAGUGCGGGCGGCUGGGCGGGCGCGCUGCGCUUGCUGAGCGCCUCCCUGGCCUCGUCCGAGCUGGACGUGGGCUCCUGGAAGGCGGUGAUCAGCGCAUGCGCGCAGUCGGGGCAGUGGGCCGUGGUCCUGGACCUCCUGCGGUCCAUGCAGGCCCACCGAGCAGAGCCAGACAGCUUCGCGCUCACCACCGCGAUGGGCGCGUGCGCCCGGGGAACGGCGUGGGCAGAGUCCCUGCGGCUCAUGGGCGAGAUGGCCGCGCCCGACGCGCCCGCGUUUGGGGCCGCAAUCGCUGCGUGCGCAAGGGGCCAGCAGGCCGGUCGCGCCCUGAGGCUGCUCGAGAGAAUGCGGCGUCGGCGGCUUGAUCCCGACGCGCAGGCCUUCGGGGCCGCCAUGGACGCUUGCGAGAGCGCUGGCAAGCAUGUCGCGGUGCUCAAGCUCUUCGACGAGAUGCGCUCGCGGCGGCUCGCUCCCUUGCCGGGCUCCUUCCACAUGGCAAUCGGCGCCUGCACCCAGCGCAAGCAUCGCGGGCGGGUGCCAGAGCUCCUCCAGCUGAUGGGGGAGCUCUCGGUCGGCCCGGGGCUGCACGCCUACCGCGUUGCGAUCGGCGCCAGCCCCGCGCGCGCCCUGGAGCUGCUGGCCGAGGCGAGACGGCAAGGCCUCUCCCCGGACGUCGUCACCUACAACGCCGCCGUGGCUGCGGCUGCCCGGCGCGGGCGCACGCAGGAUGCCCUCGGCCUGCUGCGUGGCAUGGCCGCGUUGGGCGCGGCGCCCGACCGCGAGAUGCGGCUGCGGCGCGUGGCGCUGGACCAGGCUGGCCAGGCCGCGGCGCUCGGUGGGAAGGAGGAGAGCGCCGAUGCGCAGGCGGUGCUGCCGCUGCUGCGGGCGAUGCGGGAGGAGCGGCUGGCGCCAGCGGUGGCCCCCGCCGCGUCGAUGCUCAUUCGGACGUUCAGCAUGCCAUCCUGGAAGCCAUCGGCCGACAUUUGGCGCGUGGAGUGGGCUUCCCAUCGGAACAGUGAAAGCUGCCAGGAGUAG